AUGUGGCAAAAGUGAGCAACAGUUUUUAGUCCAUUGCAUAGCUGUAGAACUAACACAAGGCUGGCAGUAAAAAAAAUGUUAGCAUUUAUAUUAUGAAUUAUGUCAUCACAUGACAGCAAAAGGCACGCAUUGUAUAAAUCCAUUUCGCGAGUUAUGUUUACAAACCGUCAGCCAAGACGUCACCUCUUGGCGUAAGGUGUACUUGUAAACAAUUAAAUACGGUCAACCUGAAAGGGCUCCCCGAAUUCUCUAUUUACUUUUCUUACAUGUCUAUCUUGCAGAUUUUGGGGCAAUGAAUUUUUGGUUACCGUAGGUCACAACGUUUCAACAGGUAAUUGAUAUCCCUAGUUGAGACGUUUCUGUUAACUACUGAAGUGAUGUAUCGUACAGUAGAUUUUGAAAACUUGAAACUUGAAGUAUUGUAUACUUUUCACUCAUGGGAAUAUUUGCAUCAUCUCAUGGGAGCCGGUUUAUGAGAUAUAUGAUAUAUUUUACUGAAUGAAGUUGGGAACGUCGCACUUUCUUCGACUAUAAAAAACAUCAACACAAACACGUGACUCGACCUCAUACACAAAAAACGUGCCUUCCGCUAUUGCAUUGUACGCUGACAUAAUAUAAACGUCAUAUAAAAGUUGGCCUUUUUGCUACCAUCACACCGUAUAGACUGCCCUACUCAGAAAUGAACUACCUUCUGCAGGUCACUCUAAUCGCUUUAUCUAUUACUACCACUUUUGCAGUAGAAGAUUGGAAUUCACCGCAGCUCAAGUCGUUUUCAGCUGCUCAACAGGAAUGCGCUGUCUAUCUCCUGCUAUCAAACGAAACUGUACAGCGAUACGCCGAUAAUGGAUAUCCCGAUGAGUUCCACAGCCGUAAACUGAUCAACUGUAUCCUGUAUCAACUCCACGCGUUUGACGAAGUUACCGGCGUGAGAGAUCAUGUUAUCUCCAGCUUCUUUCUAUCGCCAGGAGGGUGCAGUGACCACAUCAAACGUACCCAGGAAUGUCUGAAUUCGACUGUGCCGGAGCGCUGCAGUGAAGAAACACCAUUCGAACGAACUUAUCGUUCGUUCCAGUGCUACUACCGCCACUACGGAAGUCUGCUCACCGAUGUAGUCCGAUUUCUCCCGUACGAACCAGCUCGUGCGAUGUAUCGCAUAAAGCAAGUGUAUGAUUCCUUGUCAAUGGUGAACACAUCCUGUAAGGCCCUGAGGGAGUUCAGCGUAAAGCAAGGAUUCAUCGUGGAAAACAUAUCGGAUGCGUUGUAUACCUUAGGACUCCGUUCCGGGUUCUACGAUCUUGAGCAUGGUCUCUACGUGGAUCGUCUGUACGCUCAGUUCGGGAAACUGAGUCUACUUUCGGAAACUACUCACCAGUGCCUAGUUCGUGUUUCCCAACAAUAUAAUACGGAGCCACUUCGACUCACCCAGCUGGUGCUACAGUGCGUCGAACAAGACAUAUCAACCCAGGGGUGGUUGACGGUGGCAGCACAGCAAAUUCUAGCGUCGAGCAGUUCGUACUGCAAUGUGUGUGAACCGUUACCGUCGCCAGCGAUAAGCACCGUUUCACCUGAUCCGUCGGGAAUGACAACGGCUAAGUACCCCUAUCCAUCGAUACGUCACUGCUGCCAGUGA